AUGGCAAAUGUUGUAGUGAUCUCUAAGACCAUUGUUCGACCCGAGAGCUAUAACGAUGGAUCGGAUCGGGUUAAGAUCCAUCUAACUCCAUGGGAUCUCUUCUUUCUUCGAUCCGAAUACCCACAAAGAGGUCUUCUGUUUCCAAAACCCGACCCGGAAACCGAAAUAAUCUCUCGACUGAAAUCAUCUCUCUCCGUCGCGUUGAAGAUUUUCUACCCAUUCGCUGGUCGUUUAGUCAAGAUCGAGAACGAAGACGAUGAAACGGCGUCGUUUUACGUCGAUUGCGAUGGUUCAGGUGUUAAAUUCGUACACGCUUCGGCUAAAACCGUAUCGGUUAGUGAUGUUUUAAAACCGGUUAAUGGUAAUGUUCCCGGUUUCUUGAGUGGGUUUUUUCCGGCGAACGGAGUUAAAAGCUGUGAAGGGAUCUCUGAAUCUUUGAUCGCGUUUCAAGUGACGGAGUUAAAAGAUGGAGUUUUUAUCGGAUUUGGUUAUAACCAUAUGGUUGCAGAUGGAUCUUCGUUCUGGAAUUUCUUCAACACUUGGUCGGAGAUUUGCUCCACCGGGUCUAAUCGGAAAAAGUUGCCUCCUUUGCUUCUCCGUGGGUGGUUUCUCGACGGGAUUGAUUAUCCGAUUCGGAUUCCGAUCUCAGAGACGGAAACACCGACUCAGAUUGUUACUUCAUCAUCGUUAUUACAAGAGAAGGUUUUCCGAUUCACGAGUAAAAACAUCUCUGAGCUUAAAGCGAAAGCUAACGGAGAGGUUGAUUCCGAUGAUCGGAAAAUCUCGUCGCUUCAAGCGAUUUCGGCACAUAUGUGGAGAUCGAUUGUCAAAAACAGUGAUUUGAAUCUGGAAGAAGUGAUUCGUUGCAAGUUACUGAUGGAUAUGAGAAGAAGACUAAACCCUCCACUUGAGAAAGAGUGUUUCGGAAAUGUGGUCGGAUUCGCGACGGCGACGACAACCGCCGGAGAAAUGGUUAAAAAUGGUUUAGGUUGGGCUGCUUUGCGAAUAAACAAAGUUGUGGGGUCACAAACGAAUGAAGAUUUUAGAGUUUUCGCUGAGAAUUGGGUGAAGAAACCGAUUAUACCGAAUCAAGUGGCUGUGAGUAAUUCGAUCAUUGUUGCUAGCUCUCCUUGGUUUAAUGUGUAUGGAAAUGAUUUCGGUUGGGGUAAACCGAUUGCGGUUCGAGCUGGACCGGGAAAUACCAGUGAUGGUAAACUCAUUGUUUAUCCUGGAAUUGAAGAAGGAAACAUCGAGAUUCAAACGUGUUUAUCUUCGCACGUUUUGGAAAAAUUAUCGACUGAUGCAGAGUUUUUAAAGCAUGUAUGUGUUGUUUAA